GCUACGCCUUCCUGCUGUUCCAGGAAGAGACCUCGGUUCAGGCCUUAAUUGACGCCUGCAUCGAGGAGGAUGGCAAACUGUACCUGUGUGUGUCCAGUCCCACCAUCAAAGACAAACCGGUCCAGAUCCGUCCCUGGAACCUGAGCGACAGUGACUUUGUCAUGGAUGGCUCUCAGCCUCUGGACCCCCGCAAGACCAUCUUUGUGGGAGGAGUGCCUCGGCCCCUGCGUGCAGUGGAGCUGGCUAUGAUCAUGGACCGGCUGUAUGGCGGCGUCUGCUACGCCGGCAUCGACACCGACCCGGAGCUGAAAUACCCGAAGGGAGCCGGCCGCGUCGCCUUCUCCAAUCAGCAGAGCUACAUCGCUGCCAUCAGCGCUCGCUUCGUUCAGCUGCAGCACAAUGACAUCGACAAAAGGGUGGAGGUGAAGCCAUACGUCCUGGAUGACCAGAUGUGCGACGAGUGCCAGGGGGCACGCUGCGGGGGGAAGUUCGCCCCGUUCUUCUGUGCCAACGUCACCUGCCUGCAGUACUACUGUGAGUACUGCUGGGCCAGCAUCCACUCGCGAGCCGGCCGAGAGUUUCACAAGCCACUGGUGAAGGAAGGGGGCGACCGUCCUCGACACGUGUCCUUCCGCUGGAGCUGAGGGGGGGUUCAUGAGUCAGCCCUGCCCCGGUGAACCCACACCUGACCCCUAAAAAAAAAAAAAGGCCUCCUUCUAUCCCACAGCCUGGGACAGUACUGCAACACCCCCUCCCACAAUACACAGCCUCAUCUACUCCACCCUGCUCCCCACAAACACCUCAUGAAAAAAAGGAUGCCACCAAACACACGGGACUGUCUUCAUGCCUCGCGGCUCUGAACUCAUCGCCUGGUGUUCCCCUCUGAUGAAGCUUUGUGGGGGAAAAGAAAAGCGAAAGUCUAUCAGCGUAGAAUUUGCACUUUGGCACAAGAUUUCACUAAACACACACACACAUGUUCGACACCUGGCUACUUUCAGUUCCCCGCUCUGUUGACUGGGUGGUGUGGUACGUCCUCUUGGACCCCCCUCCCCUCUUACUGAGACAGAGGUGGGACCGUACAAAUAUUUUAAAAAAAGUAUAUAUUUUUUGUUUCAUAUUGAUCUAUACAUAUAAAUAUGAAUAUAUAGAUAAUUCGAAUUUUAUGUAACAGGAGCAUGCACUUAGUUAUAUGGCCCCUAGUAAAAGAUCAUAAUUACCAAAGGCAAGUGAAAUUAACGCACAGAGAAAAGUAGGUGGCAUAAGAUGUAGCAAGAUUUAACAUCUAUCCAGUAGUGUGGGCCCGUAUCGCCCAGAGUAAAAAUAACACGGCUAUAUUCGCUCUCAAUUCUGACUCUGAAAAUAUUAAUACCUCAUAACGCGCAAUCAGAUUUUUGUUUUCAAUAUCUAGGUCUUUAUUUUUAUAAUAACAUUAUUUUUUAGUGUUAUGUAAAUGUAAUGCUGCAAUAGCUUUGCUGCUAAAUCCAUGGUAUAAACAGAUACCAUACGUACUUUAUUCAGGCAAAGGUUUAUUAAACAACAGAUCCAGAGAAGCACCGACGAGCUAUCCCAGGGGGAGGGGGCGCCCCUGGACGACGAUGGCUACCUUUGUGGCGGGGUCGGGGUGGGUCGCCCCUAACUGCAUGUUUAUCUCAAUCAGGUUGCUGCAUGCAAUACACUUUUCAGUAUCAUGUCUACUAUUCAAUUCUGCCCAUGUUUGCACAAUACACUGUAGGCAUACAUUCGACUCUGAAACUGGACGGAAACUGGUCAAAGGAAUCAUGGGAGCUCUGCGUCGACGGUCAGGCUGACGGGCCUCACCCGCGGCGCAGCCAGAGCUGAUAGUUCCUGCACAAACAGGAGGUGCACACAUCCAGACAGCGAGGAGGGGAAAAUACUUUUAAUAAUCACAAAUCAAAUUAAAUGUAGGAUUACCAUUUAAAACUGUCUAUGAUAGGUGAAGUACUUUUUGCAGUGAUUGUUGAUAUAAUUGUGCAAUUUUUUAUACAGUAUGUAGUUAGGUCUGAGUAUGCCUAGAACUGUGAUUCGCUUUAACUGUCGUUAAUGUCCGACAUAGAAGUCCUGUGAAACUUCAUAACUAGUGUAUGCACACGUGCAGUAUAUAUGUUCUGUUGUACGUACACACACACACACACACACACACACACACACACACACACACACACACACACACUUGCACCAGGAUACACAGAAGCCUCUCGACACACGAACACACACACAAACACAAGGACGGCUAUACGCACACAAACAGGCCUACAAACACCGAGUCUGAUCUGAAGAGAAGACGCAACAAUGUGAGCUUAAACUGAGAACUGAAGGUUUUUUGGUUUAUUUGUUUGUUGGUUUGUUCCACCGUUGACAAAAAAAGAAAUAAUGCACGUUUACGUCCCACAAUGCAACCAAAGAGCUUACACGUUCGACUUUUUACAGACCGCCUGACAACACACGGGGCGAACAGCCGCCUGCUUGCCGACGGCGCAGUCGAUUUUAGACCAGGGCAGACGGGGACAGGUGGGAGGGAGGUGGGAGGUGGGGGUGAGGUUAGAGGACGAAACGUGGACGCUACUGGAGACUUGAGGUUGAUACACGGAG